AUGAUGAGUCUGGAGGAUCAGAGGACUAGGAUGAGUCCAGAGGAUCGGAGGACCAGGUUGAGUCCGGAUAAUCAGAGGAACAGGAUAAGUCCAGAGGAUCAGAGGAGCAGGAUGAGUCCAGAGGAUCAGAGGAACAGGAUGAGUCCAGAGGAUCAGAGGUCCAGGAUGAGUCCAGAGGAUCAGAUGGAAAUCAUCUCUACAAUCAGCAUGAUUUUCCUCCUUAUCUUUCUGACUCUCAGCGUGUGUGUGUUGGGUCAGUUCCCCCGAGUCUGCACUACACCUGAAGCUCUGAAGAGCGCGCAGUGCUGCCCAGAGGUGAACGGACAGAAGUGUGGUGGUCCUGGUCGUGGAUCCUGUGUUGACGUGCGUCCUCUCCAGUCCAAAGACAGCAGCAUCCUUCAGGCCUACGACGACCGCUUGAACUGGCCUCAGUGUUACUUUAAUUAUACUUGUCUUUGUGAAGCAAACUUCAGCGGAUACGACUGCACGCAAUGCAAGUUUGGUUUCUAUGGGAAGAACUGUGAGAUCAAGAAGAUCUUGCUGAGAAAAGAGAUCCGUAAUCUGACUGACGAAGAGCGCGCAAAUCUCAUCAGCUAUCUGACACUGGCCAAAAGCAAGAAAAGCGAAGAUUAUGUGAUUCUGGUGACCAGCGACCGACACGACCAUGACACCUACCGCUUCAUUGAUGCUUCCAUCUAUGACAUCUUCUCGUGGAUACACCACUACUCCACAAAGCCAAUUGUGAUCAACAGUUCAUUCACUUCUCAUAGAAAUUUUGCCCAUCAAGGUCCUGCAUUUCCUGUAUGGCACCGCCUGCUGCUCCUGUUCCUGGAGAGAGAGAUCCAACGCCUGGUGGGAGACGAGGACUUUGCUCUUCCAUACUACAACUGGAGUAAAGAUGACAACUGUACAAUCUGUACGGAUGAGUACAUGGGCAGCAAUGAUCUGGAGGGCAACCUUAAUGAAACUUGCCACUUUUCAACCUGGAAGGCCAUCUGUACCGGAUAUAACUUUGAGGAUGCCUACUGCUGGAGUGCCACCGUGAAUGAGACGGAGGCGUUGCAGAGAAAACCAGGUGCAGAGCCUGACACUUGGAUCCCCACUGAGAGUGACGUGAACGAUGUAUUACAGUUCCAUAAUUAUGAUACUGCUCCGUACAAUAGGUCCUCCCAAUACAGCUUCCGCAAUGCUUUGGAAGGAUUUUUAAAUCUGACUGAUGGGAAGUCCGAAGACCAUAACAUGCAUAACAUGUUCCACAGCUAUAUUGGGGGGACGUUGUCCUACGUUCCUUUCGCUGCCAAUGACCCGAUCUUCUUUUUACACCACAACUUCAUUGACAAAAUAUUUGAUACAUGGAUGGCAGCGCAUCUCUCCGGCCUCGAAUAUCCCGACAACGAUCAGCCGGGACAAAACACCACCGACUGCGUCACUCCCUUCAUUCCUUGUUAUAGGAACGGAGACCUUCUUAACCCCUCGAUAGAUUUCGGAUAUGUAUUUGGAUCUGAAUUUCCUGAACUCAAAACUGAUGAGCUGACAACCUUCAAUGGUGAUAAUUUCCAACCCAACACAAACAACACUUCUAAUAAUCAGAAGGACCUCACAGGGAUCUCAGAAGGACAGAUUUGUGAUAACGUCCUCGUCCUGUUCAUUUAUGUGCAAAACUCCUUCAAUAAUGAUUCCGAGCGUUCCGCCUACAAACCCUUCCAGCACUGCAAACAACUAAAUCCUCUCAAAUCUCUUUUCUUUGCCUUCAGCUAA